CGCUCAGUUUACUACAAGCGUCGACGGUGAAAGUACGUCGCUCCGCGUCCCUUAGUGCCCGAGUGUAUGGUGCUGGUGUAUUAACAUAACAGCUAAUUGUUCUGUGUCGUGUGAUUGUUGUGUGGUGUUCUGAUACUGCCGUGCGACCUCCCCGGGUCACAUUUGUUGUGAUGCAUUUGAGGAUAUACCUAUGGCUGUCUUGUGUAGCCCUCGCAGGAUACGUUCGAGCGACAGAGGUACCUGUCGCAGAAGCCGACACGCUCCACGACCACGAGCCGCUCGCGUCCGACCGGGACCUGUUCAUAGACGAUGACGGCUCGGGGCUAGAGAUCGACGAGUCCUCCGGCUCCGGCUGGGGCCCCGGACCCGGACCCGACGACGAGGACGGCCGCGGCUCAGGUGACAGCCGGCUCACGCUCACGGAUGACGAGGACUACGUCCCGAGAACCAUCCCCACCACCACCACCACAGAAACGCCGAUAAUACCGGAAACUGUAGCGCCAGAUUAUGUAGAUCCUCGCGUGCUCGACGAGAAGCCAGGGCCCGGCGCGGACACCCCGCGCGGCGCGGGGGAGGAGCAGCCCUCGCGCCCCGACCAGGACCCCAUCAGCAUCUCCAGCGAGGACGCCAACCCGGGCACGGACCAGGACCCCUCGGGCACCAACGUGGGCGCCGAGUCGCGGCCGCAGGACAACGUGGUGUUCAUCAUGAACGCCAAGGCGGAGGACCGCGCGACCAGCUUCUUCGCGCAGCCGGGCAUUCUUGCCGCUGUGAUUGGCGGCGCUGUAGUCGGCCUCCUCUGCGCGAUCCUAGUGGUGAUGUUCAUAGUAUACCGCAUGCGCAAGAAGGACGAGGGCUCGUACGCCCUCGACGAGCCCAAGCGGAGCCCGGCCGCCGCCUCCUACGGCAAGGGCCAGAACAACCGGGAGUUCUACGCGUGAGACCACACAGAACAAACCCUGCCACGUGUUUACUAGUCGACGGACCGACCCAUACUGGCUACCACUCUACAAUUAAUUGAUACAGGAAAAUGGUGAUGAUGAACGAUGGAAUCGCGCACUUAUCUCACUACUCUUCUAACUCCAACCGAGAGGUAUGAUGGGAAAUACGAGUAACAAUGUAUUCAUAAUACACGCGGAAGCCUUUUUAGAAUAAUUAGAAACAGAUUUCCGCAUGUAUUGGCAUCGGAUUUUUGACAAUACAACUUAUACGUUGUAAAUCGAUAUGUAAGUGGACAUAUAUAGAAAACUUGGGAAAUGUCGACCAGAGAGGAAUGGUAUAAGUGAGCGAUUGAAUCGUACUCUUAUAAAACUAUCUAAAAGGAAUGGUAAACUCAUAAUGUGGGUAUACAUUAAUUGUGGACAGUGGGUGUAAUAGCCGAUUGGCCGGUCAUUCCAUUUUCAAAUUUUGAAUUCCUUCUGUUUGUAGCUCUUUUGUUAACGUGGCUAAAAUUGUUCUGUAAACCAAUAAAACAUCAAAUCGACGCUUUUUAUUUGAAAAAAAUAUGACACAAUUGCACUUGAGUGUAUGAAUCAAGUAGAAACAUAGUGUAGGACGAAAUUGUGAGGCAAAAUUUCAAUUGUUUUCUGACUUCAAGUACUGAGACCAAUGUGGUUGAGUGUUUGAUAUCAUUCUGUAGUUGGUGAAUUUGAGAUCUUGUACCUAUAGAGUUGUCUGUAAAAUAAUGUGCCAUUCGCUUCCUCUUCAACUGUAUAUUGCCUAACUACGCGUAGAUUUACUCUACAUACUAUAAAAAUCUCAAAAAUGUCUAUGGAUACGUCCAUUGUUCGUCUAUGAUGUAUGUGUAAUAUAUUCGUGUAGGUAAAUAGAUCAUAUCGGUUAUUAUGUGUACGUUUAAAUGAAUUCUUAUUACAUAUCGCUUCCAUGAAAUAUACCAUCGAAAUUUUUGAAAAAUAUUUAUUUAAUAUUGGCUGUAAUUUUAAAAUUGAGGCUUUCAAAAUAUUGAUGUUAUGUACUUUUCUGGUGUUCCUUUUGUAUUUAGGUUACUGUAAUAUUUUGGGUAAAUAUUCUUUUAUUUUUUGCACUUUUAGCAAUUGGGGUUUCGAAUAAUAUUAAUUAAUGUUAUAUUUUAGCAUAAGCAAUUGAAUUAAAUGUAUACAGUGAGUAAAUGAUAUAUAAAUCACUACAAGAUUAUUUCAACAACUUGACUAAGUUAAAUCAACUUUUAAAUGUAACUUAUUGAUUUUGCCAGUACAUUUUUUUAAACGUUUUUUUUGCUGACUGUAUACAUUUCGAGACGAAUACAUUUUGUCACUUUGGCUAUGAACUGAGGUUUUUCAAUUAUACAAUAUAAUUUCUUUAUUUAGUCUUUAUUUGUUUUUUCUAUUAUCUACUUUGAUAUUGCCGAAUACCAUCCAAUUUGGUCUGAUGCAUUUAGUUUUAACUAAAAGCGUGACAGCUGUCAAAGUGACGGAGUUUUUUUUAACUUUAACAGUUAAUCUGAUAUUAGGUUGUGCAACGAAAUAUAUAUUUUAAUUCUACUAAUUAGUGAUUUUCCUUCAGUUGUUAAACACCUGUGCCAUCUUCAAUAAUUUAUUUAAAAUAGUUACGCGCGCUUGGCUCCAAAUGAAUUUUAAUUUAUCAAAUAAUUAAUGAGUCAAUUAAUUUAUUUAGCGUAAAUUAAAGCAUGUGUUUUAUGACUGUUAUAAAAUAAAAUUAAAAUGUUUUGUAAGGAUUCAAUAGAUGAACCAUUGUGUUUAGUAAAUUAAAUAUUUGGUAUUUUAUUUAAAUUGAUGUAACUAACUUUAAUGACAUAUGAAUGUAUAAAUAUUCGGGAAAUUAUAAGCACGUAUUGGACAUUUCAUUAGGAUCGUAGUUGUUGAUAACCAAAUAUUUUCUUGUUGUAAACUGCAUAAUUAAAUACAUAAACUUACCAAUAAAAUUAACAUUAAUUAUGAAAAUAUUUCGUACUUUUUAUUUGUAAGUAUGAAAUAAACACAAAUGCAACAAAGAAUAGUUUUUAUAAAGCCUUAGACAUACCUACGCCCAGGAAAAAACCGUAGCUAUUUAUAUAUGUAUAAACAUCUAAUGUGCAUAUGCUAUUAUUUUUCCCUGCAGGGGUAAAAAUCCAACAGUUGCAGUUUACUCCAAGAAGAACAAUUAUUUGAGAAAUCCCAAACAUUCCUAUCGGAUCCAUAUUACAAUAAGAAGUAGCGAGCCAGUGCUCUCUUAGGCCACUUAUUUGAAUGCUAAUAUAGAUACUUACUAAAAGUAUAUGUAUCCAGAAACAAAAUUAAAAUGUACUAAAGGUGUAUCUACACCGCAGUUAACUUUUGUGGUAACAUUAGGUGACUUACCUAGUUCCUUAUCUACUGUUGCACAGUGUUGCUCCACAUAGUUAACUGCGGUGUCGAUGCACCUUAAGACGCCAUUGGCAUUGUCUAAUGCUACUACAAGAAAUGAGAUAUGCCACAAAUUAGCAAAUAUUACUAACUAGGUAUUGCUAUAUUGAUUUAAACUAACACGACUAUCACUCAUACUUUUAUAACUAACACGGGACUUAAUCGCGCAAAACUUACUUAAAGUGAUAACCCUAAACACUAAACUUACUUAAAGUGAUAACCCUAGCGUACAUAGUCUAAUAAAACAUGGUCUUCUCUUCCCAGAGUGACACAGGCCUACGUCACAAUAACAUGGCCGCUAUAUAUAGCGCUAUCGCAUAUUAUCAUAUAGCGCUGUCGCAUGAUGACGUAGGCUUGUGUCAGUUAGGUGACCUAGAAAAGACGGGAAUAGAGUACCAGGCGGAGUAUAUUAUUAUACCAUGGUUGAUACAAUUCCUCACCAGUCUGCCUGAGACCACGAACGUAACGUCACGUUCGAAACGUCAGGCCAUAAAUAAAAGUAAGUUUUACGCGAUUAAGUCCCGUGUUGGUUAUAAAAGUAGGUACUGCUAAUCAAAACAUGUUUAGAAAAAUCAAAUACCUAUCGUACAAUAACUUUACUGGAACUUGAACAUCUAAAUUAGCAUUCACGUAAGAAGCAAUUAGUGUAUAAGGAUUUGUACAUUGUAAUUGUAAAUUCUUUUAGACUUAAACUGAGUAAUUUAUACAUAAAUAAUUAUACUACAAUAAUUAUAUAGUAUGGCUAAAGCUGAAAUUAAAUACAUCUAAUCUAACGGUCCUUAACAAGUAUAUUAAAUAUCGAGAGUUGAAAUAACCACAUUAAGAGACAUGUUGCGAUUCUAAAAAUUUAACAUAAAGGAUUAAAUUGUGUAGACACAAAUUAAUGUCUCUUAAAUUGAAAACAGAAUGGAGAUGACUUUAUCAAUAUUUCCUAAGAAUGAAAUUUUGAUAAAAUCGUAAUGGUUACAAUGCGAAGUAUUUUUACAGGAAAGUUAUGCCGCAAAUACAUAAUCAUGACAAUGCAUAUAUAAACACCAUAGUUACGACAGCAAAGUCACAACCUAGGAUAAAGUUUGUUUGAAAUAGUACCACAACGCUUGCCGAUCAUAUGUACAGCCCUUUCCAAAAAUUACUUUACUUAAUAAAUAGAGGACGAACAUAAUACAUAAAUAUGAAAACCCCGCUUAUUAAGUAAAGUAUAAUAAAUAUGAAUCAAUCAAAUUAAAAUGGAUGAAUAAAUUGCUAUCCAUUUUACUGUUGAUUUAUGUUACAAUUUCUAAUGCCGGCUGUACACACUCGUCGAGAACCUUGCGCCGAGAGUCCCGGCAUCGCUUCGACCCAAUCGGAGAAGAGCGAGACGAGAAGAGAGCAGUAUGUACAUACCUCCUCGUUCUCGGCCUGUCUCUCGACGAGUGUGUACAGCCGGCAUGAAAUACUGGUUCUAAUAGUACAGAAAGAUUGAAGUUUGAUUCGUGAACAGUAGAAGUAUCACAGCACUCGACUAGACUAGAAGAAUACCAACACUUAAACACUUACGUCAUGUGUAAUUUCGGCUGUACACACUCGUCGAGAGCCUCUCGCCGAGAGUCUAGGCACCGCUCCCAUCCAAUCGGAGAACCGCGAGACGAGACGCGGAAGAACGAGACGAGAAGGGAACAGGAUAUACGUACACUCGUUCUCGGCCUGUCUCGGGGUCUCUCGGCGAGUGUGUACAGCCGACAUAAGACAUACAACAUGGAAAAAGAUGUAAGGAAAAAAAACUUGUAAUAGCAUGUAAUCCAAGUUACAAUACGAUUUAUGUAUGACAUUUGAAACCUUGACAUUAAUAAUACAAAAGUCGAAUACAAAACACACAAAUUAUUUGAUUGACACUGAACAAACAUAAUAUAUCUUUGUCAAAAUAUGCACAGUGCCUAUAAAUUAUACAUCCACAAUAGGUUUCGUCAACUAUAUAUCUACCUAUCUAUAAGUACUUCACUUCUAUCUACUUCUACUACUAUAUCUACUAGAUACUACUACUUUGAUACUCUCUAACUAGUCUACUCUAUUGUGGGUACCUACUUUAUAACUAAAUAUACAAGGAGGCCUAAUGUCAUCUUAUACUCUGUAUCUUUAGGUAUUUAAAUAAAAGUAAACAAAAUCUACCCUCAAAUGGCUCCUUAUGCCAGUUGAGGGUAGAUGAAAACAUUACACGAUCAAAUAAUGUAGGUUAAAGUCUGGUCGUUCAGUGACUGAUCCAGGCGGUUUUGUAACUGGUCGGUUAACCAAUAAAUGUUAUAACUACCCCAAAAUAUACAAAUUAUUUGUUUACUUUUAUUUAAAUACCUUAAGAUACAGACUAUAGUGUGGACAAGUUUUUAUAUUAUGAUUUCGAUAUUUGUAUUAUUAAGCAUUUGUUCUACAUAUAAGGUUUUUUGCUAGAGUCCGUCUAGGCUAACACUGCACCAAUUUUGUAGCGACGGUGUGGAAACGUCAUAUUUUGAUCGGAAUUUGUCGUUUGUGCUGACAUUUCCACGCUCUGUAGCUGGCGAAGUCGGCUUUGACGGACUCUAAAAAGGAAACGAAUGCUUUUAUUUCUACUGUUCAUGUUGUGGAACAUAAACUAAUAAAAUAACGCCUAGGAUACGGUAGGCAUAAUUAUUGUCCACCUUGUAAAUAAUGCUCCUUUACACUUAAUAUACAGGUCAUUAUGAACAA